UAUUUUCUUUCCGUCAUCUCGCCAUCAAGUACUUUUCCUGAACUUUUGGUUUGACACAAACUGAAGAUUACUAGGAAAACAGAUAGCACAAGUGGAAUAUGCACAUAAGCUCAGGUGUUAGUGUGCCGGAAAAUGCAGUGGGGUGGGGUGUGAGCGAACGGAUAAAAAUAUGUGGCUGACUCGAAAGAUGAGUGAGAAGAAUGAUCAAGAUAAGAGUGAACAUUUUGCUUCAGUUACAGUGAAAAUAUAUUGCAAUAUAUCAAUUAAGAACUGUAUAGUUCUGAUCAAGAGAUGAGACGAUGAGGAAAAAUUGCUAGCAGAAAUAAUUACAAUCUACGACAAAUCCUAGUGCAAUGGUAGAUGUGAAACCAGACUCGCACUUCUAUUGACACGACCAUUAACGUUUGAGGUGCAAGGAAGUUUGACCGUUUGUGACUAAAGAGAGGGUGGAAAUAAAUGGAAUGAUAAGUGGUGCUAUACGAACAUGAAGUUGGUUAAAUGGUUAAACGAAUGGCCUGUGCGCGUGUUAUUCAACAGCGGUGGUACGGAUAUUGGAUAUCUCGGAUGUAGUGGCAAACGAUGGAUAAGAGCCAGUGAAAUCAUUUGUGUCAGGGAGAGGCAAAGGUGCUCGCAAUAGUCAGCAAUUACUAUAGGGAGUGAAAACAGCUUAUAUGAAAAGAUAUUUCAAACGGCAGCAACCAGUAACAGUGGCAGUUGCAAACGGAAGCCAGGAACUACAAGGUGCGUGUGUGGUGUGCGCGCCCGUGAGCGUGUGUUCGAGAAACGGUCGUGUGUAGGUGUACAACGAGGACUACACAGAGCGGAGCACACGCCUCACACUUCACUGUGAUCAAUUUGGUUUCAAACGAGAGGGUAGAUGUGUAUAUCAAAAUUGUACGAGUACCUACUAGUGUUUUGUGUUGAACCCUACAAUCCAAACAACAAUAAUAAUUAGGCAGUGCGGUGAGAUUUUCAAACCUUACACGGAACCAUCAACACGGAAUAACAGCGACGGAGUGGUGGCGGCAUUGAGCAAGUUCGGAAAGACGGAUUCUGUAAAAUAAUCGCACCGCAGCUAGACUGGCUCGGAACGGUGAAGCACGGGGGGCAGAGUCUCCCGAUACGUCACCGGAAGGCGGAGCCACCUGCUGGUGGGCGCCCUGGUCAGCGAUGGGUUGCUUCGGAUCAGCCGGAUCGAAACAGUCGGACUCAAACAGUUCUGAAGACACCAAAAGUCAGAAACGACGGAGCGAUGCCAUCACGCGACAGCUGCAGAAAGAUAAACAGGUUUACAGAGCCACUCAUAGACUGUUACUACUGGGUGCCGGCGAGUCCGGCAAAUCAACAAUCGUAAAACAAAUGAGAAUAUUGCAUGUUAACGGAUUCUCCGAUACAGAAAGGAAACAGAAAAUAGAGGAUAUAAAAAAGAAUAUCAGAGAUGCCAUAUUGACAAUUACCGGUGCAAUGAGCACACUAACACCUCCUAUUCCAUUAGAGAAACCAGAAAACCAAGCAAGAGUAGAUUAUAUACAAGAUUAUGCGUCAGGUCCCGACUUCAAUUAUCCACCGGAGUUCUACGAAAAUACCGAAGACUUGUGGAAAGAUCGUGGCGUGCAGCAAACCUACGAGCGAUCGAAUGAAUACCAAUUAAUUGAUUGUGCUAAAUACUUUCUGGAUCGUGUUAGUGAAAUCAAACAGCCUAAUUAUACUCCAACCGAGCAGGAUAUACUGAGAUGUCGUGUCUUGACGUCGGGUAUAUUCGAAACUAGGUUUCAAGUUGAUAAGGUUAAUUUUCACAUGUUCGACGUCGGUGGUCAGCGGGACGAGCGACGUAAAUGGAUCCAGUGUUUUAACGAUGUCACUGCAAUUAUUUUCGUGACGGCGUGUUCUAGUUAUAAUAUGGUCCUGCGAGAGGAUCCCACACAGAAUCGGCUGAGAGAAUCGCUGGAACUGUUCAAAAGUAUUUGGAAUAAUCGAUGGUUACGGACAAUAUCUGUAAUAUUGUUUCUAAACAAACAAGACUUGUUAGCGGAGAAAAUCAAAGCUGGCAAGAGCAAACUUUCCGACUAUUUUAGUGAGUUCAAUCGUUACCAGACGCCGGCUGACGCCGUUUGCGAAAUGGGAGAGGAACCUGAAGUGAUUAGGGCGAAAUAUUUCAUAAGAGAUGAAUUUUUGCGUAUAUCGACAGCCAGUGGUGAUGGCAAACACUAUUGCUAUCCGCACUUUACCUGUGCGGUAGACACCGAAAACAUCAAAAGAGUUUUCAACGAUUGUCGAGACAUCAUUCAGAGAAUGCAUCUGCGACAAUACGAGCUGUUAUAGAUAUACUUAACGAUUUCGAUGCAACCUGGUCGUCUCAUUUUAGUUGUGUCUACCGUAAAAAUAUCAAACCUAGCCAAACUUUACUAAUUUUAUAAAAAAAUAAAAAUAUUGAUUAUUUAUUAAUCGCAAAAAAAGAAAACCUAUACAGACUAAAGAAAAACAAAAAGGAUCAGCUAGACAAAGAAAAAAGGAAACCAACCAACCAACAGUGAUUUGCACCUGAAGUCACACGUUCAUACAAUCGCAUCAAGACGCACCCUCGCUGGAGGUAGAAGAAGUGUUGGAAAGUACAGCCUCUGAAGGUGAGAUGUUUACUAGAGUCAAAUAAAUUAAGUUUGUAGUCAAACCAAAAUACAACCUAUAUGCACACAAUAACGAUUGUAUCAUCAACCGGAGGAAAAGCAGAUCAUUCUCCGAACAAAACAAAAACUGAAAAACUAAAAUCGUUCGGAGAAAGGUUAACAAAAUCUAUUGAGCAAGAGUAAAAACAAAAUAACACAGUAGUCGUCGUCGUUACUAUUAAUUGAAAGCAAACAAAUAUGAUAACAAAAAAAGAAAACCUAACGUUUGAUAGAAAAGAAACAAAAAGUGUGUUUAUAUACUGAAUGAAGACCGCGAAAGGGACAACAAUGAUUCACCGCCAUAUGAAGAAAUUAAACAAAACUAGUAAAAGAACAUACGCAAACAAAAUCAAGCAAAUCGCUUAUGAACCUUUCCGUGAGUAAUAAAAGGUGAAACAAACAUAUGUACGUGGUAUAAGCAUAAAUAGAAAAUAUUACAAGAGAAAGUCGUGUCGCUGUCAUGCUAGUGGCGUAGGAAAAAAAACUAAGUCUUAGUAGCCUGUGAACUGUUUUAAUUUUUUGAUUAAUUUUAGUUUUUUGAUGGAUGGGUAGAGCAUAAAAAGAGAACAAACUUAACAAUCGACACACAAACACUUGCAGAACACCUACAUACAAAGAUACAUGUAUACAUUUAGGUUACACUCUAUACAAUAUAAAUGCAAGAAACAGAUAAACCGAACAGGUUUACCUUUACUAGAACAGUGUCUUUUCGUUUAGGAGAAAGUUACUUCUAACUUCGUCCAAAAAUUAUUGCGCGCUAUUGUUGUAGAACUAUUUUCCAGUAUUUUUUAAUUAUUGUAACUUGUAUACAUAUUUUAUUAAAAAUAAUAUAUUAUAUAUAUAUUUUGUUUUAGAGAAUUUUACCAUCAUUGUUGAAGUCGAGAAAAAGUAAUACGAGGGAAACCUUUUUGUUUAUGUAUUUAAUAAUUUAUCAUGUAUAUGUUUUAUGUUCAUCCUGUGACAUAUAUAGUAAAGAAAAAGAAAAUGGUAAAAAGGCAAACAAAAACUCGUAGGCAAGCAGUAGGGUAAUUUUUCAAAUUAGCAGCUUAAUGGAAAAUAAUAAGCAUGAAAUAAGUUUUGUUACGUAUGAAUGUAACAAGUCAACAACAUUGAACAUGUAACGUGUCUAAAUAAGUUUUGUGUAGCCGGAGGAAUUUUUUCCAGAAUAGGCGGGACUGAAUCUCGGAACCGACAGUUUACAAUAACACGACAAAACUAAACCGCAUUUUACUUUCCCUGAGCACAUAGUAAUUUGGUCUGCCGGCGUUACAUUUAGUUGUACGCAAUAACAACAUCGGACGAUACGUCCUGCUGGUUUAGGUUGGUUUGAAAUAAAAAAGUAACCCGAUUUAUUGCGAGAACGGCACUGAUAGACCGCAUUUUUCUCGCUCGUUGAUAAGCUGUUUCAGUUCAAACCUGAAAUAGUAGUAACUGAUAGAAGCACGCUCUUUUACAACUAACCCUUUCUUGGAGAAAAUACCGUUACUAGAUAUAACGUUAUUUUUAAAAUGUGCACCACGAGUCAACCAAGGGUGGUUUCUUGCUGACGUGCUUUGCUAUGAACGUAGAAAUACAUCACAGGCAGCGCAAAUCGUGUCGCCCACAAUUUUUAAACGAACACAAACGUCACCUUUCGCUAAAACCGUGUCAUAUGCAUAUAUUUGGAUUACUACUGCUUAGGAACUUUUGUUGCAAUAUGUUAUUUUAAUCUUUGUGUUAUAGUACUUUUAGCUAUCGGAUAACAUCAAAGGAAAUUUGUUACAUCCUAACAUUUUAAUCUCUAAAUUCCAUCCAGUGUAGGAUGAAAUUGUAGGUUUCGCGAAUGUUAAUAAGUUACACUUAUGCCAACAUAAACAAAAAACACAAACACACCUAUGUAGUCUAGAGAGAAUCUUAGCGCAAAAUGAGAGACGAGAUACAACAAAAAGAUGUGUACAUUAUACUGUUAUUUAUUUUAGCCCGUUUACGAAAAACGCUAAACCUUGUUGAAUUCAUAAUCAAAAAUAAAAAUCACCCACUCUCUCUCUCAGCCCCUCCCAGAGAAAACCAGAUUUUAUUGUUAACUAUCCUAUAUAUAUUUUAGUCGAGAUUGAUAGGCAGCAUAGAAAAAAUAAAACACAGACACAAAUACAGACACAAUAGGAAGCAAAUGGAAUGGAUACAGAAAGAGUAAAUUGAGGUAAUCGUGUAUAACUUUUUAUAUAGUUGUAUAGAUAAUAUGAGGAAAAAUAAUGAAAAAGAUACAAAAAUAAGAAAAGAAAAUAGUCAUACCCCUAGAGAAUGAAAGAUACAAAGUCGCACAAAUAGAGGAGAAAAAUCAAUCCAAAAACUGUGAAAAAUAAAGCAAGCGGAAAUGUAACCAAGUUUUUGUUUCUUUGGUUUGUUGUACCUUGUUUUUUUAAGUUUAUUUUGACAGUCCAUUACGUCGGUUAUAUUCCUGACUACUGCUGCCGUUCUACGCAUAAAUGAGAUUACCUGUGCACACGGAGAACUUGCAUUACCUAGCAGUUUGUAAUCUGAAAUCUACACAUCCUACUUCCUCCAACGAAAAACGAGAGUCCGAUUUUACACAAAAAUAAUGAGAUAUUACCGAAGGCCGUCUACACUUCUUCAUUUGGGUUUCAAAAAUCAUUAUCUCUCCCUUGUUUUCCGGCAGCGAAAUAAGGACAGUAGAUUGGAAUUACCUUCUAGUAACUAGUGGAAUUUGUGUUUGUACAUAGUACCAGAGAGAAUAGAAAGAAGGACGAAGAGUGAAAUUCAAUCAAACCAUUAUUUUUUGAAAUCGUUUCGUAUUGGAUUUUCAACUGAUGUGCAUUCCGGAUCAAACUGACGAAAGAAUUCUGAAGCACCCUAAAACCUAAGACAAAGACGAGAUUCUUCUUUUCGCACAUUUUCCGAACACUGUCUCUAUUUUUAUUAAUGAAAAUGGAUUCUUGUUAAUUUAUUUUAUGCCUGCAAUAUUUUGUAUCUUGAAUCCACUAUAUUGAUGAAGGGCGCCGUUUUUCCAUGUCACGGGUGCUUAGUAAGGUUUGAUGAAACCAUUUUCUGAAAAAAAUUUGAUUAAGGUUUGGUUGCUGUCUUAUUUUUGUUAAAAUUAAUCAGCCACACAUACGGAAAAUGGGUGGUAGAUACUUGUUCUACUUUGCUGUAUAAUUUUUUUUUCAACCUAAUCAUUUACUUUUAACGAUAAUUUUAUUUUGUCAAAAGCUUUAUACAAUAAUUGAGGAUAAAUCAUGAAAUAAGUCAAGAUAAUGUAUCAUUUUCAAGUGAACUGAACACUGUAAAAGAAGAGAUAGUAAAUACCAAAGGGUUGCAAAACUAAUGCCGUUUGUGCUUGAGAAGAAACUGAGUGAGGCUCUAACCACAACUGCUGUUUGAACUGACUAAUCUCCACAUGGGGAUCAUCAAAGUGAUACUUUUUCAAGAUAGCAUAAUGAUUUUCGUGAUGGAUGGCGUAGCUCUUUUAGUUUUUUCUGUAAGUGUGCUUAGAGCGUCUUUAAAGGGAACGCUAUGGAUUCCUAGGGCGCUGUUUUUACACGAGGUAUGUAAAUAGAUCAUAUGAAUUUUCCCCACAAUAGGCACAUCUAUUUCUCUGCAAUCUCAAUGCAAGAGUCAUUCAUGAUUUUCGGGACAAACAUCCCAACAGGCAGAUGAUACUUGACAAAGAAUACGUAAUGUAUUACCAAAAGUCACCCGAUACGACUGUGGUUUCCAUUCAAAAACUUUCGCUCAAGGGAGCAAAAGGACCUUGAAACAGCCAACACCGUGCUUCAGUAGAUUCACGUACAAUUUCGAAUCGGGUCCCCAUCGAUCUCAAUUUUGUGAGUGGACAUGUAGACGCGGUAGACCUUCAUACAAGCUUUGUUGCCACUAGCGAAUAAUUCUGCAAUUUCGAAUUUAUCUGGCCGAAUUUUCAGGAUAUCUGUCACUGUUGAAUAUGUCUGCGUCAGUUCCUUUGAAAUUUUUAGAAUACUUAUCUUUGAUCCGAAGGAAGCCCCAAUAUGGUCCGACCGAGUUCAAUGAAUGUUUUUAAACGGGAAGUCGGAAACUAGGUCUGGGUCCGGAAAGUUUAUGCCUGGGCCUAGAGACCAUCGAAAAGUAAAAACUUAAACAGUGUGAAGGCUGAGACAGAAAUCGCGGGAAAUACAAUAAAAUCCAAGGAUAGUAAUGCAAACAUAUGGUAAGUCUGGUAGUCCGCAAGAGACUUUAACCGAAAUUGUUUUGUAACUGCAUUGUAACGAAAUUAUUUUGUAACUGUAACUGCAAUGCAAAACUGCAUUGUAACAUUACUUUGACCUCCAAAUUCACGAAAGAACUUUGUGUUUUUGAACUGAAACACCGGAUCCUCAAGUUUGUGUUAGUGGAAUGUUAUACAAUGUAUGUUGUGUUGUAUUCCCAUGUCUAUGUGAAAUUCUUUAAACCUUUACACCUGACGUUUUUCUUCGGGGGGCAUUGUGUUCACCGCGGCGUAUUUGGUGACAAUACUGCUGGCAUUUGCAAAUGCUUUUGUGGCCACCACCUUAGGAGAACGGAGCCAUUUCCAUGUAGACACGAAAUUAUUGUUCGAAAGUCGAACUGAAAAAGAAUGACAAAGUUAACAUCAAAGGGGCGCAAAACUGAGACUUCGCCAAGGGCGCCAGAAGGACAUGAGCACAUUUUUUUCAAAAAUCUUGCCAUAAGUUUUUUAUUACAAAGAAAUCCAAAGAUACACCUAGUUAAAUAAGUGAAAAUUGAGGGUACACGCUCAUUACAAAUUUACGUAGUUGUAUUUGGAAAUAGCUAUUUUAACUAAUUAACUGUUGAAUUUUGUUGAGUGGUCAAAAAGUAGAAGAAAAUGGCUAUUGUUAUUAAUUUCACGGCGUCUUUGUCGAACAACUUCAUUCAAAAAAAUUCGGCGUUUGCAAAACUUCAAGAUAUCCAACCACUUUUUUAGGUCUGUGGGUCUAAAAUAGAAGUUCAAACUUUAUUCCCUCCGACCCUGCGGAGGUCACGUAAAUGGCUUAUUAAACUAAGGGCCGCUAGUACUUGAAGACGAUUUCGUUGGAUUUUCAGAGCGACGUGCACUCAGUGCACUAGCGCGAGUGCCGGAAGGUUAACCUCACUCUUUUACCAUGUACUUCACAACACAAUAGUUUUCACACCAUAUUUCAAAGGUGACGAGAGAAAAAAAAAGGCUCACACCAGAAGCACUCAAAUCAAAUCAUGGAUUUUGCAUUUUACAUUCGGCGUUUUUUGUAAUCGUUUCAUGAAGGAACUAUAAAGAUGAAUUGACUUGUUCAUAUUUACAAUAUCCCAUCCAUGCCAAUGGUGUUUAUGAACAACAUUUUUGAACAGCUAUAACUGUUGGUUUAGGCAAGAUUUGCUCAUAAAAACAAGUAAGGUCAAUAAAUGUGACUAUUAGCUUCCAUUUGAGCACUAAAAGUUACAAAUAUAAGCUCUAGAACUGAAGUUAUUGCAAUUAAUCAGUUUGAAUUACGAUGAAGCAGUGCUGCCAGGCUAUUUAAGUGGACGACGAAAAUAGAAAUGUUGGUUUAACUUCGUUAUUUUGCAAUAUAAUCGAAAACUGAUAAACUCUAUCAAUUUAUCCUGUCUUCUACUACGUUUUCCAUGCAAUUGGACUAUCUAUCUAUCCAUCUAUCUAUAUAAAAGUCAAUGUUUGUAUGUAUAUGAUUUUUGGACUCCUAAAUGGCUUAACCGAUUGCCAUAAAAAUUUAUACGUAGUAGAUAUUUGUUAUGGAGCGUGUUUGUGUGCUAUUGGUUGGGGAUUAUCUGACCGCCAGAUGGCGCUUCGGAACAAAUUGUGUUUUUCUCCUAUUUCGUUGAAUGCCGCAGCAAAGAGCGAUGGGUAUUAGCUAGUUGUAGAUAUUCUAGAAUUGUAUUCAGCAUUGGAUGGUAAAAAGAUUCUAGCAUUCUUUAUGAAAAUAAGUUUUUUGAUACAAAGUUGUAGAAACAUAUAUGCGUUACAAAAAAGUUGGGCCUGAAAGGGUCAAAUUAUUACGCUGUUAUGAAUUGAUUAUCUUGAUUAUGUCGUUCGAAUAUAAAUAAAGGAAACAAACUUCGUAGAAGACGCUAAAAAAAUAUUUUCUCGCUGUGAGAUAUCUGACGUUUAAAAUACGCACGCUGAGAUCUCGAAUUUUUAUACUACCGCCCUCCCCUUAAGCUUAAGCGGUUUGUUUUCCUCCCAAAUCGCCGUGUAAACGAUUUAUUUUCCUCCUAAAUCAAACGUUAAAAGGGCACAAUGCCAACGCAGCUGGAUAAGUCUAUAGCAAGUUAAAGUAUCACCAUUAGUGGACGUCAUUCUAUGGUGGCGACAUCAUCUCAAAUACGGUGGUUUCAAGCAACUCAUGCUAAAUGUCAAGUUGCGGGAGGAUUGAUUUAGUUGAACAGUGUAUUCAGAUGAAUUCAAGUGUUUACAACGUCCUAUUUUUGACCAGAAAAAUGAUAUUUUCAGAUUUCACCGGUUCUUGAGUGUCAAUGAUCAGGAAUCAGAAUAUAUUGGCUUAACUGGCACGUUCCCCGUAUGUAGUCAGGGAUUUGUGCCUCGAAGAAAGAAGUGUUGGUGAAACUUAUUCAAUAUUCUCACAUUUUUUAAGAUGUUGUUUAAUAUAUUUGUAAACAUUUUUUCCAUCAUUUAUUCGUGUCUUCUUUUUAAUUUCCUCUCUCAUUCUCCGGGAUGGCUAAUGUUAUCUAGAAUUACCCUCCUUCCUGACCAGAAUCUGCUUGAUCCAAUAUAUUUGGCUUAAAUUCAAAACUUUGUAUUUGACUGAACCCAACCCAGAUUCCAUCCAUCAGAAAUUGUAUGUGUGUACUUUUUCUUGUACUCAAAUCACAUUUUAUUUCCAAAAGAAAAAAAUUCGCAUAAUCUUAGGAAAAGGGAGUUUCGUAAUUCCCCAUAAGAAGAAAUUUCGGAGUCGUUACUCACCGAACACGGAUCACAACAGUACAAAAACAAGAAAAAAUCGUGCUGUACCAUACAUUCAGUAAAUUCUCCAAGUAAUUCAAGUCUAUCUGUUUAAAAAAAUUUGCAUAAUAGAGGAUAAGAGCGAAGAACACAUGUCAAGAAGACUGGCAACUUUGUCCAGAAUCUGGUAACAGUAUGAGCAACAUUACUUUCUAUACACACUUAAUUUGAAUUACUGGGUACAGUAAAAUUUUGCUGGGGUUUUGAACAGCAAACCGUUCGGUAAUCAAUACAGUAAAACAAUUCGGUUACCGAACUCUCCGCAAUCCGUUCUCUCCAAACGUCAAAAAAUAUUGGUCAGUCAGCAGUUUCCUCUGAAAAUGGCGACUUGACAGAUGAUUUGCUGUACCUGUUUUGUAAGUUUUUGACGAGGUUCGGUAAUGUUGGUACAAUUUUGCCGAACAAUCAGUCAAUAUUUUACUGGAUAAUGUUUAUGUACCGAAAAAACAGAAGUGCUGAUAAAUUCAGUGAAAAAUAUUGCGGGUUUCAGCAAAUUAUUCGAAAAAUUACUGAAAAUCGCUAAAAAGUGAAAACUUUACCGCAAUUUUUUAAACAACUUGCUGAUAGCUCCGUAAAAAUAUCACUUCACUGUUCAUGUCGUCAAAAGAAAUUACUGAACAACUUUUUGCUGGUUUAGUGUGUACCUACAUUUAUUGAGCUUCCUAUUUACGUACAAUAGACAAAACAUUUAUUUCUCAUUUAUUAUUGCGAUUUUUGUGUUCAGCGUAUAGCAAUUCCGGAAUUCUGAAUUAUGACAGUGGGCUAUGACGCCUUAAAACUUGAACCUUAUGGUUUUCGUUUUGACUGUGCACUACACCGGUUAGUCGUUGCUACACUCAUUCAAACUUGGGUGUAGCACUAAGAGAAAAAGAAAACGCUAUUAAAUUUCAUAGAAUUCAAGUCAAAUGAUUUAAUCGAGUUUGUUCAAAUAUAGUUAUUUCGAUUAUAGAGGUUUUAACCUUAAGGUCAUUCGCCUCUUCAGGUUAGAAAAAUCUCUUAAGAAAAAUCUCUAACCCUAUGUGUGGGAUUCGAACUCAGGUGAGCUGCGUACAAGGCAUUCGAUUUACCAACUACGCUAUGCCCGUCCCCAAAUAUAGUUUUAAAAUUAGGCCAAAUGUAUCUUACAAGAUGCUGAUGGAAGAGGAGAUUGAUUCAAGAUUACAACAGCCAUUCUCCGGAAUGAGCGAAAAAACGACUAAAUUUGUGACAGAAUAAACUAUUCCCUUUUUAUAUAUUAUCCAGCGUCUUGGAAAAGAGUACCAAUUUUGUAAAUAUAUUAUCUACUCUUCUCUAUACCUCCUUGUUCAUAAGAUGUUAUUGAUGCUAAAAAAUCAGGUGGACUUUGGAAUUAUGUUUCCUCUGCUUAAGGGUGGGCCUUUUUCAGAACAAAAAUUCUUCUGAACACACUGUUCCAUUAAAACAAACCAUUUUUUUACCACAUAAUAUCGUUCUCGGAAGAUUUGUAGUUAGUUUUCUACAAAAUUGUAGACAAUUAAAUUGUCCAUCAAAUUCUCACUUUUAGUAAUGUUUGAAUAUCCAUAGAACUAGCCCGUGUAAAAAUAAAUUUGUCAUACCGUAAUGUUUUUAGAAAUCGCGUAUAUCGCUAGAAACGCAGUUUUGACAGUACAUAUAAUCAAUGAUAUGUCAAAAUAGGGAUCAUUAAAAACGGGUCUUUAUGGGACCAAACCGAAUAAUGAGUCUUACUGUUUAGCGGAGAUCAGUGCGUACAAUAUGAAUGUUUCCAAUUAUUAGUACCCGAAAUUUGGUCAGAGGUCACCGACAAUUUCGGAGGUUUCGUGAGCACGGAUAUUAUUCGACGUAUGUAUCAAAAAACCCAAUCGUAGGUCAGUUACCUUUAAAAAAACUAAUCCUUCCAAAGCCAAAACAGUUAAAAUACUGGCUUACUCAAAUUAGUACGUUGGAAGGCCCAAUGAUUCCAGUUACAAUCUUUUUUUGUUCAAUAGGAUCUUCUUCUAGUUCUAGGGCUAUUUUCCGUCGGCCUAUUUCGGCUAAGAGGUCAAACACCGACGCCAGAAAGGUGACACUCCCAAUAUAGACCCAUCAACUCAUGGACCGGGGACCAACGGCUUUACUCACCACUCACUACGCCCUAUUGCUCAACUACCUACGCUCAUGAAAUUGAGCUAAGGCUUUGAAUAAUUCAUCCAAACAUACCAAUGUGGUAAAACUAAAAUAUAUAAUGUUAUUUUGGAAUGCUAUAUGAAAUACCAUUGGUACACCCGCAGUGUUGUCAAUAAAAAUGAUUUUUGGCAUUUAAUUCGAUGUAUCGAAAUUUGAACAGCUAUAACUUGGCUUAGAGACAUUCUAACACCAUACAUCCUUCGGCAAAGUUGUUCAACAUAUCCUGGACUAUACUUCUAGCUAUUUGUUGGCUCAUUACAGGAAGAAUUGUAGUCUGUAGAAUUAAAAAUGCAAAAAUGUAGGUUUUCCCAUACCAAUCUCCAUAUAAAUUUUAAACGCAAUGCGCUAUGCCGAGUCAACACCAAUCGACCCCAAAAUUAGCACAGUUGUUUGGGACCCCAAAAGGAACCAAAAAAGUGCUGUGCUCGGUUAAUGUGGCAAUGAUUACGUUUUUCCAUAUAACAAUGCCCCACCCUAAUACAUACGCUCUAGUCCCCGCUAAACAGCAGGAGUCAAGAUUCGGUUUUGUCUUAUACCGGCUCUGUUUUCAAUAUUCCCGGUAUCACCAAUUAAUUAUCAACGUUAUUAACGUUCUUCCUCUUGUUUCACAAAAAAUAAAACAUUCUUUCCUCUCAAGCAUCAGUUAAUUGCUUAUAAGAGCAUUUUCCAAAUGAAAACUAC